UUCCAGAUCUUGCUCACUCAGGCUGGCAGAGGAAUGCUGAGCCUGGGGCACCUGGCUUCCACGGUGAUGUGGCUGCUCCUUGUCUGGACUACCACCCUCCCUCUCCAGCUGACCAAUGCCAGAUAUGCCUCCUGUGCAGUGGGAGAGAAAUGCAGGAUGUGGGCUGAAGAAGGGGGGCCAGCCGAGCUACCCUGCUCCCUGAGUCCUCAGAAGCUGGCCCACAGCCAAGAGCAGCUCUACAGGGGGUUGAGCAUUCGCUGGGUGAGGCGUGAGAACAGCUCCCGCAAGAAGUACCACCUGGUGCUAAAGGUGGAGCGCAGUGGGCUCAAGAAAAUGGCCCACAGCAUGAUGCACCGAGCUACGGUCUGGGACCCAGGCUUUCUCAAGGGGAAUUUCUCGCUCCAGAUUGAGCCACUGCUGAAAGAUGAUGCCGGAAGCUAUGAAGCCAUCGUGAGAUCGGGCAACGAGGUGUGGAACUGCCAUCUGGAGCUCGGUGUGGUGUUGGUGACCGCUAGCCCACCUGGUCCCCUGGUUGCCUCUGAACCUUUCAGGCUGACCUGUAAUUCCACACAUCCAGGAAAGCCCACAAAAACAAGCUGGUUCCAUGCAGGUCUGCUCAUUCAAAACUCUGGUCGGUUUUCCUCUCUGGAUCAAUCUCUGUUUGUCUCCAGGUCCGUCCAGAGUGACUCUGGGCCCUGGACCUGUGAACUCACCUUUGCAGAUGGGGAGAGGAUUUCUGCCACCUACAACCUGCGCAUAAUAGGAUUUACUGAGCCAACCAGCCCGGUAGUCUAUGCUGCAGCAGGAGCAGAUGCUUCCCUGCCAUGUAACCUGAAUUACCAUCCCACUGACACUGGCGUGCCAGGGCUGACUGUCCACUGGACAAGGGAAGAAUCGAAGGCAAAGCUGCCCCCCACCCAUGGAAACAGUGGCAAUUUCCCCCUCCAUCUCCCUGCAGUGGGGCUUAAUGAUACAGGCUGCUACCUCUGUAAGGCCACCAUCCGAAGCACCACCAUCACUAAGAAUGUCACCCUGGCAGUAAUAACUGUCACGCAAGCAGUCACUGAGGCAUCGCACUUGCUGCUCAUCUGCAACCUCAGCUUCUAUGCAGGAAACGAGCGCUUUCAGUGGAAGCACUUGGAUGAGGUGGACACAAACCAUUCUAGCCCUGAGGUCUCCCCCAAGAGAUUGGAGGUCUCCAGGCAGGGCUCGACUCUGGAGUUCUCCCAGGUGUUGCCUGAGGAUGAAGGCACCUGGGAAUGCCGUGUCCAUGCUGCAGAUAAGCUGCUGGGAUCUGUGCAGCAUCAGCUGAACAUCACAUUAUCUUUUGGAACCAAGCAUCCAGGGCCUGAUCCAAUUACAUAUUUCAAGUGCCCCAUGAACUCCAAGCACGCUUUGAUCUGUUACAAGCUGCAUGACUUGCAUCUCACUCAGGUGUCGUCACUGGCCGAAGGCAGAGCACUGCUUUCUGUAUCCCCACGGAACUUCCCUGCACUGGAUAGAAUAGUGGCUGCUACUUUGCCAGGGAAAGGCGUGAAGGAUGUGAUCCAGAAGGAGAAGGCCCUACAGACAGAAUAG